GUAUCCGAAGUAAUAAUCUGUCGCAUCGGUCAAUGACUAUCUGCUACUGGCUGAUGCAGGGAGCAGAGCAUACUCUGCUCUCGCAACGUACCGAUUGACGUACAUGGCACUCACAGCAAUGCAGCAUCGUGCAGUGGUCGAUCGACAUGGUGAAUUGGCGAUCGGGUUGGCUCGGCUCGGCCGUGAAGCAAGCAAGCGUACGUGAGCACGACAAGUGACAGCCAACCACCGAACACGAUCCGCUAUAUAAGACGCUGCAUAGUGCGCACACCUUCAAGCUCGUACAUGUACGCACCGCGACACUGCGAGUCCUGCAAGAAGCCAAGCCAAGCACACGAGCGCAGCAGCAGCAGCAGCAGCAGCUAAGCUAGCUAGCUUGGAGAGAUCAUCGGAGAUGCCUCCCAACGCGGCGGAGGUGGCGCGGCCGAAGAGCCCGCUCCGGGGCAUCCUGCCGCAGAGCCCACUCCGGAUCAAGCAGGACGGCAAGUUCUACGAGCGGCUCCUCGCCAAGGAGAGGUCGGCGGCGAGCCGCUCCUUCCGCCACUACUGGGCCGCCGAGCCCGGCUCGGUGCCGUUCGUCUGGGAGUCGCAGCCUGGCACGCCCAAGGUCGACGUGUCCCGGAUGGUCGCCGGCGCAGUCCCGGCCAUCACCCCGCCGCCGUCGUACCUGCUCCGGCACGGCGGCAAGGCUGGCGCGGCGGCGCCGGCGGCGCCACGCCGUCGUCCGCAGGGGAAGGGCAAGGCGAAGACAGGCGGCAAGACGCGGUACAGGUUCAAGCGGAUCAAGAUCGGCUUCCUCGCCGGCAUCUUCCGGAGGAUCGCCCUCGGCCACGUGUGGCGGCGGUCGGCGGCGUCGGUCCAGGUCUCGUCGUUGUCAAGCCGGUGGCUCUUCUCCUCGGCGGCCACGGCGCCGGAGAAGGCCGAACACCUCGACCACGACACGCCCGCGCCACCGCCACCGCCAAGGCCGAACACCGAGCUGUCCACCCGGGCGCGCGCGCGUCCGAGCCUUUGGAUGCUGCGAUUUCGCGGAUUCCGAAGCUGGAGCCGCGACGACGGUUGGGCGUAGGUCGCUCUCGACUUCUCGAGUGUAUACGUGCGUCAUCAUGGGGGAUUAGAACGUGACAAAUGAAAUGUUUAUGGUUGCGAGAGAUGUUAACGGUUGUUUGUAUGCAUGCUGUUGUUGCCUAGCGUUUCAUGGAAAUCAUCAUUAAUUACGCGUUGAUUAUGUUUACGGAUGAAACCCGACGUGUUCGGAACAGUUGAUCAUCUUUUGUCACUAGUUUAACAGGGUGAUUAAAAGGAUCAUACACAAUAAUCUGAUUAGUACGCUUGGUAUUUUCUGUGAUAAAUUAAUUUUAUUUUCCCAUAUGGUCUCAGAUAUGUUUGGAGAUGUAGCAAAGGAAAUGUUUGAUGUGUUCGCUUCGGUUUAUCGGA